CCAGAGCAGGGUGGAGGCAGGAGCAGGAGCAGUUCCCAGAAGCCCAGGAUGGACACCAAGCAGGACCUCCCAGUCAUCCACAGCCACGGAGCACUCCAAAUAUGGAUUACUGAGAACCUAAAGAUGCUGCCACUGCCUGAGAGGGAUCAUGGGAACUUCUUUGAGGAAUGUUGCUAUGUCAUCCUCCAUGUCCCUCAGAACCCGAAGGCUACCCCGGGAGGGUCCCGCGACCUGCACUACUGGAUCGGAAAGGAGGCCAGCACAGAGACCCAGAGGACCGCGGUCACCUUUGUGCAGCGACUACAGGAGGACCUAGGAGACCAGACGGUGCUACACCGAGAGUCACAGGGCCAUGAGUCAGACUGCUUCCACAGCUACUUCCACUCUGGAGUCAUCUACAGGAAGGGAGGCCGAGCCUCUGCUCUCAAGCACGCGGAGACCAACAUAUUCAAUGUCCAACAACUGCUCCACAUCAGGGGAAGGAAGCAUGUGUCUGCCACCGAGGUGGCCCUGUCCUGGAACAGCUUUAAUAAAGGGGGCAUCUUCCUGUUGGACCUGGGCAAGGUGAUGAUCCAGUGGAAUGGACCCCAAACCAGCGUUUCUGAGAAAUCACGGGCACUGGCCCUGACUUGCAGCCUCAGGGAUAGGGGACGUGGUGGCCGUGCCCAGAUCCGUGUGGUGGAUGACGAGAACGCAGCCACCGACCUCAUGCCCAUCAUGGAGGCUGUGCUGGGCCGCAGAUCAGGCAGCCUGAGUGCGUCUGUGCCCAACAGCAGUGUUAGCCAGCGGCAGAAGGCCAACGUCCGUCUCUACCAUGUUAGCGAGAAGGGAAUGGACCUGAUAGUCCAAGAAUUGGCCACUCGCCCACUGACCCAGGACCUCCUGCAAGAUGAAGGCUGCUAUCUCCUGGACCAGGGUGGCUUCAAGAUCUACAUGUGGCAGGGACGAAAGUCCAGCCCCCAGGACAAGAAGGCUGCAUUCAGCAGGGCUGUGGGCUUCAUCCAGGCCAAGGGCUACCCAGACUACACCCAGGUGGAGGUGGUGAAUGACGGCGCGGAGCCCACCGCCUUCCAGCAGCUGUUCCGGGCGUGGUCGAAGGAGCUGGAUGGGAAAAAGCACAGAGGGAAAAGCAGACUGCUGCAGGCGAAACUGGACACCGGCGAGCUGCACACCCAGCCUGAGCUGGCGGCCCAGCUCAGAAUGGUGGAUGACGGCUCUGCGCAGGUGGAGGUGUGGUGCAUCCAGGACUUCCAAAGGCAGCCCGUGGACCCCAAGCACCAUGGCCAGUUGUGCUCAGGAAACUGCUACCUUGUCCUCUACACAUACCAGGCACUGGGCCGUGUCCAGUACAUCCUGUAUCUGUGGCGGGGCCACCAGGCCACCAUAGAAGACGCCAAGGCCCUGGACCGAAAUGCUGAGGAGUUGGACGUUGCCUACCAGGGAGCACUGGUGCAGGCUCAUGUGACCAUGGGCAGAGAGCCCCCCCACUUCCUAGCCAUCUUCCAGGGGCAGCUGGUGGUCUUCCAGGGGAGUGCAGGUAGCAGAGGGCAGAGGCCGCCAGUCUCCACCACGAGGCUGUUCCACGUGCAAGGGACUGACAGCCGCAACACCCGAACCAUGGAGGUGCCAGCCCGCGCUGCCUCCCUAGCCUCCGGCGACAUCUUCUUUGUGAUCACAAAGGGUGCCGGCUACCUCUGGUUUGGGAAGGGCUGUAAUGGGGACCAGCGGGAGAUGGCGCGGAUGGUGGCCGCUGUCUUCACAGGACAUAACAUGGAAACGGUGCUGGAGGGUCAGGAGCCUCCCCACUUCUGGGAAGCCCUCGGAGGCCGGGCCCCCUAUCCCAGCGUCCAGAGGCUCCCCGAGGAGGUCCCCAGCAUCCAGCCCCGACUGUUUGAGUGCUCCAGUCCCUCUGGCUGCCUGGUCCUCACGGAAGUGGUGUACUUCGGCCAAGAGGACUUGGACAAGCAUGACAUCAUGUUACUAGACACCUGUCAGGAGGUCUUCCUGUGGCUUGGGGAGGACGCCGGUGAACGGAAGAAGGAGGCAGUGGCCUGUGGCCAUGAGUACCUGAGAACUCAUCCAGCAGAGAGGAGCCUGGACACGCCCAUUGUUCUGGUCAAGCAGGGCCACGAACCUGCCACCUUCACUGGGUGGUUUGUCACCUGGGACCCCUACAAGUGGACGAACAACCAGUCCUAUGAGGAGGUAGUGGAGAGAUGCCUGGGACCAGUGUCUGCCAUCUCUGAGAUAACAGCAGAAGUGCAUAACUUCCAGCUAACUCGAUGGCCUGCUGAUAAUAAGGCUGGUCCCUCAACCCUACUGGCCUUCAAGGGUUCCCAGGACAGCCCAGAGAACGAUCUGGAGCUGGGCCUUGGCGUUGAUGGCAAGAACCCCAGCAUAAGCCCCAGCGGCUCAGCGGUCAAUGGGAGCCUGCCCCGGGAAAGGCUGAUGUACCAGGCCGUGGAGGACCUGCCGCAGGGUGUGGACCCUGCCCGCAAGGAGUUCUAUCUCUCAGACUCUGACUUUCAAGACAUCUUUGGGAAGUCCAAGGAGGACUUCUACAGCAUGGCCAAGUGGAAGCAGCAGCAGGAGAAAAAGAGGCUGGGCCUCUUCUGAGCCGGGGACCCCGAGUCUCCUCCUGGAAUAACUCCCCCCUUCUCAAUAAAAGUCAGUGGCUGGUG